AUGGUUGGUGCUCUCCUUCUCCUCCCGUUGUGCGCAGCGCUCGCGCACGCUCUGCGCGUCCCUCGUAUGCCCCUCGCGCAGAAGGUCGCGCCUCCGUACUUGGUGCCCGUGGACCGUAAUGGGACUGAACUCCCACCGCUGGACACUGUGUAUUACUUUGACCAGCUUAUUGACCACAACAACCCGAGCUUGGGUACUUUCCAACAGAGAUAUUGGCAGACAUGGGAGUACUACGAGCCAGGUGGACCUAUCAUCAUCACUACGCCAGGAGAACAGGACGCCGACGGUUUCGAGGGCUUUCUCACGAAUGCGACUAUCGACGGGUUGAUUGCCCAACAACAAGGAGGUGCAACAAUAGUACUCGAGCAUCGUUACUACGGCUUAUCCAACCCUUACAAUAAUCUCUCCGUGGCAAGCUUGCAAUACCACACGAUCCAGCAGGCGAUCGAUGACUUCGAUUACUUCGCGUACAACGUGGAACUCGCCAUGCCAGGUGGUGACCAUGUUACUCCGAACGAAGCGCCAUGGGUUUUGAUUGGAGGUAGUUAUGCCGGUGCUCUGACAAGCUUCACCAAGGUCAACAAACCUGACCUCUUCUGGGCUGCGUGGGCGUCGUCUGGUGUUGUGGAGAGCAUUGUCAACUACUGGGGCUACUUCGACAUUAUUCGCAAGCACAUGCCACAGAACUGCUCAUCUGAUGUCCAGGCUGUCAUCGGGUACAUUGACGAUGUCUUCACGUCGGGUAACAUCCAGGAGAUCAACUCCAUCAAGACAACCUUCGGCAUGAACCUCUCACAUCUGGAUGACUUCGUUAGUGCUCUCUCCUACCCAAUCUUCUACUGGCAAGAUCUGCAGCCGUCGCCGGAGCUGACUGAUCUCUCCUUCUUCGAAUUCUGUGAUGCGCUAGAAGUUAAGGACGGCGUCAAUGCCCCCACUGAGGGCUGGGGACUUGACUACGCCCUGCAGGCAUGGGGCUCGUGGUGGGAAAAUGACUUCCUUCCAUCUGCUUGCGAGGGUCAGACCAUUGAGGAAUGCCUUGGUUCCUAUGAUGCCAACGCGACGUAUUAUACCGACAUCUCGGUUAACAACGCAGAUCGUUCGUGGAUGUGGAUUGUGUGCAACUACAUGGGCUUCUUCCAGGACGGUGCGCCUGCAGGUAAUCCGACGAUCGUCUCUCGACUCAUCGAGCCCAUCUACACCGAGCGCCAGUGCACGUACUACUUCCCCGAAGCGUUCAGCAGCCCUCCCACUCCGCAAGUGACCUGGAUGAACUGGGAGUACGAGGGCUGGAACGUGCAAUCCGACCGGCUUUUCUUCGGCAAUGGACAGCGUGACCCUUGGAGGGAUGCAACAGUCUCCGCCGAUAACACGUCGUUCCCCAGCACAGCGUGGCAGGAGAUUGAGGUUGGCGACGGUUUCCACUGCUCUGAGAUGUACACGGUCAAUGGCCAGGUCGACCCCACGAUUGCUAAAGUGCAGGAGGAGGGGCUUGCCGCGAUGAAAGGGUGGUUGGAGACUUGGACGCCUCCCAGUCAGUGA